AAAUCGUUGAUUUAAUCUUUACUUAUAGUUAUUUAUUUGUAAACACGAUGAACGUUAUUUUUUGUUAUCUGCUAAUAUUUCAGUUUUGCAUCAGCAAAACUGACGGCGCUGUUUAUACUGCGAUGACGAGAGUCGAAGAUUUAGCUCUUAUAGAGAAAACACUCGUGGAUUCAUUAGAAAAGUUCAUUACGAGAGAAAAAUUGAUUUCAAAUGAAGUGAUGACUAUAGUUGAACGAAUAAAACUUUCUCUUGGUGAUAGAAAUAUAAGCAGUACUGCCGAUAUAUUUUCUAAUCCACUUCAAGUUUAUGCCUUAUUCAGACGUUUUGUUUAUCAAUGGAAUAGUUUAAAAGAUCUUCUUAACAACGAUAACUCCAAAGAUGUCUACAAUCAAUUGGACGAUUUCCAGCCGUUUUUUCCCACAGUUGAAGAUUUACGUGGAUCAAUAUCAGCUAUCUAUCUGAUACAAGAUACUUACAAUAUAACUGCAGAUGAUUUGGCUAGUGGAAAUAUUCCUGGCACUUCUGCUCCUGUUGAAAUUCAUGUUGACGAUUGUUUUGAGGUUGGAUCGUUUGCUCUGUAUUUUGGUCGAUAUCAACACGCUCUUGGCUGGUUGAACGUUGCUCUGAAACGAGUGAGGAGAACUACAUACAAAGGAAAUAUAGACAUGAAAUUGUUGCUUGAGUAUGCAUCUUGGGCAGAAUAUACAAGGGGAAACCUUAAAAAAGCAUUACAACAUAUUACAGAGCUCAUUGAAAUCGAUCCCAACAAUACUCGUGCUUUAGAGAACGCUAGACGAUAUGGUGAUGAGUUGAAGACUGGUCUAGUGAAAACUUAUCAACACCUUAAAGGUGAAGAAGACAGAAUGUUGACGAAAAAAUAUGUGAAUACAACAUUGAGCAGACUAUGUCGUGAGGAAAGAUUAAGAAAGUCUUAUGGAUCCGACAAUUUAUUGUUGUGUCGUUAUAAAAUGGACCAUCCACUACUGAGGCUUAAACCAGCAAAAGAAGAAAUUGUUUUAGUGAAACCAAGAAUUGUUAUAUAUCGUGAUAUACUUCGAGAUUCAGAAAUAGAGACGAUAAAAGAUGUUGCAAGACCUCAUUUGGAGCGAUCAAAAGCAUUCGAUUUAAGAACAGGAGAGUUGCAAACGGUCCCAUACAGGAUAAGUGAAAGUGCGUGGAUACCUGAGAGAGCUGCAAGUGCCUUAAAGAUCUUUAACAGAAGAGCAGAAGCAGUGUCUGGACUGUCGACAUCAACUGCUGAGGAUUUACAAGUGGCUAAUUAUGGAUUGGGUGGACAAUAUGAAGAACACCAUGAUCACGGAUAUCCCAAUUCACCAUUGGAAAAUCACGUGAAUGGAAAUAGAAUUGCAACCAUGUUACUUUAUUUAACGUCGAUUCCUUAUGGUGGUGGUACAGCAUUUACACGAUUGAAAAUUCACGUUAAACCGAGCAAGGGUGAUGUUGUCUUUUGGUAUAACCUAAAGACUUCUGGUGUUGGGAAUAACUCUACAUUUCACGCUGCAUGUCCGGUACUUUCAGGGAUAAAAUGGGUUGGCAAUAAAUGGUUUCAUCUUCAUGGACAAGAAUUUCGAAGGCGUUGUACUUUGGUUGACGAAUCAUAAACAAGUAUGUUGGUAGAUAUGUAUUUACUUGAAUACUCACUAAGUUUUACAUUUGAAAUCUUUAAUGAAAAAUAACCUUGAUAAAACAAAGCUCAAUACAAACAUUUGUGAGCUAAAUCUUAAUCACUAUGUAAAAUUUUCCUUUUGAAACAAAUACUUAUAUUUAUAUAGAAA